AUGAGUGACGGAAUCGACUGCAGCCACAUGGUCGACCUCUCCACUUCCGUUUUUCUCCGAACUUCUUUAGCAGCCAACCUGGUCGUCGCCAUUUUUGCCCUUCCCGUUCUCUUUUGGGCGACGUGGAAGAUGUGGUCGAUGAAGUAUUCGAAACUUUUCCAUGUCAACUUCAAAAUCAUUCUGCAGCUUCAUAUGUUCGGGUUCAUGCUUCACUGUACCGGCAGGUGAGUGUCACAAUGACAACGGCUUUCGAGCGUGUUUGUUGAGAAUUUCAUUGCACUCAAUGGAUUUGAUAAACUACACAACAAAGACGACUUUUGCGACAUGGUCCCCAAGUUUUACAGGUAACCUGACAGAAACCCAAAAAUAUCUGUUCGUGGGAUUCUCAUUCUUAGUUUACUGUUCAAAACUGAAUAAUUGCGCCACAGACCAAAAUCAGAUUAUCUCUUAGCUGAAACUCUUCAAACUUCCGUGACUCACAUCCUUUUCUGUCUGCAGAUGUUUCAUCCUCCGUCUGAUGUACAACACGGGCCUCUGGAUCACUCACUCCACCGCCAUCGCACUGAUCGUCGAACGUUGGUUGGCUACGAAACGAAGUGUGACAUACGAGCAGGAUUCAGUGUUGUUCGGUGUAUUUUUGGUGCUAAUGCAGGUAAACAAUGACGAAAUGCGGGGGGUUCCCGAGGGGAGACUUUCAGUUCGUCGUAACCGUGAUCCCACUCGGAUUGCUCUACUCGAACAGCACAUUUCAUGGUACCACUAUGUACUACUGCGUCGUGAGUUCCACUCUAUCAUGUUCCCUGAUCAUUCCGAUCUUGCAGACGGCUCAAGCAGUCAAUCCGGUGGCUUCGAUUGUGAGUGCCGCGCUGAGCAUCUGUUUCCAAGUGACCGCCCGAGUCUCUUUCCAUUUCUUGUUCCACUUGAACAAAGUACGGAUUGCCGACGCUUACUCUGAUGAAAAACCCGUCCCACUUCAGCAUCUCCGUCAAUCGGCGUUCCACUCGACACUCUCCAAUCGCUACCAGUUGGAGCAGAAUAUAAGGUGUCGCGAAUAAAAAUGGCGGAAAACCGAGUGUUUCAGUUCGAUCACCUGCCUGAAGACGUUCGCGAACUUAUCAUCGGCAUAUGUCAUCUUCCAAAAUGCGUGCUACAUUCUCAUUAUGAUCUUCGCUUCGGGCCUCCAGCCAUUCCAAUACUUUGCGUUUGUUGAGUGUAAGUUUUUUCGCCCCCCGCUUGUGUACGCUCGAGGUUUGGAAAGAAAGUAUUUUCAGUUAAUAACAGCUUCCCAGUCUACGCAAUUCUCUCAAUCACAGUCAUGUUCCGGUCCGCAGAAAAUGUAGUUGUUGCAUUGAAUCCAAAGAAAUGUUUAAGCUUUAGAUUCGUAAAAAAGUGGGCGCAAGACUUGUGGAUCACUUGAGAACUUCUCAUCACACUUACUUCGACAACUUCAAAAAGCAGAUUGCAUGAUAAUUUGCUACUGAUCUUUCCACACCUCGACGAUAGACAUCAGACUGAAAUGCCAGUUUUCCAGUGAAUGGCUCCUUCCCAUUAUACUCAAUUUUCACGGUUGCCAUAAUGUGCAGGUCUAUGACAAAGGUAAUUGGCGUUUCGCUCCGACUCAAGGGAUUAAUUAUAUCUCAUUGCAGGUUCGGAAUCGAGUCGGCGAAAAGUUGGCGGGUCAUUUGAAAACUUCUCAUCACCUUUACAUCGAGAACUUUAGGAACCAAAUUGCCUAA